CAGAGCAUCCAGGACAGAAGACAGACAGACCUGGCAUGAUGCUGUGGCUGCUGGUCCUGACUCUCCCCAGUCUGGGGGGCUCCGUACCUGUGACCUCAGAUCCCAGCCCAGGGACUGAGCUGGUGGGCAUCAUACGGGGGCAUGCUGCUGCUGAUGGGGCAUGGCCGUGGCAGGUGGGCCUGUGGGUCAGGAAUCAAACAAGUUCAAAGUGGCAUCCCAAUUGUGGGGGCUCCCUCAUCCAUCCCCAGUGGGUGCUGACCGCUGCCCUGUGCCUUCUGUCCAGGAGAAACCCAGUGACUCGGCACUUUAAGGUCCAACUAGGACGAGUGAGACGCUCAUAUAAUGGCAGUGUGCAGGUGGCCAGGAUCAUCCGCCAUCCCAAGUACAGGCUUGAAAUGGGAGUAUCAGGUGGGGCAGACGUGGCACUUCUCAAACUGGAGUCCUCAGUGCGACCAUCUAACCUCGUCAGAUGGAUCCGCCUCCCGCCAGCCUCCCUCUCAUUCCCCCCAGGCACAAGGUGCUGGGUGACUGGCUGGGGCCGCAUUGCUCCUGGAGCUCUUCGGCUCUGGCCCUACCAGUUGCAAGAGGUGAUGGUUCCCAUUGUGGGGAACAGGGUCUGUAACCAGCGCUACCAGAACUCUUCCAAAAACAGUGGUCAGAUCAUCAAGGAUGACAUGCUGUGCGCUGGGAUUGAGGGACUGGACUCCUGCCAGGGUGACUCCGGGGGGCCCCUGGUGUGCAGCUGGGAAGGCAUCUGGGUCCAGGUAGGGAUCGUGAGCUGGGGAUACAGCUGUGGUCAUCGCGAUUUCCCAGGGGUGUAUGCCCGGGUGAUGAGCUACAUUUCUUGGAUCCGGAAGUAUGUCCCUCUGUGCCCUGGAUCAUAG